GAGAGGAGGAAGUCGCUUGUGCGGAAGGCAGCGGCGGGGAACCUAACCGGAGUGAAAAGAUCGUGGAGUCAAGGAGGAAGAGCCGCCAAGAUGAAGGUGAAGAUGCUGAGCCGGAAUCCGGACAACUAUGUCCGCGAAACCAAGUUGGAUUUACAGAGAGUUCCAAGAAACUAUGAUCCUACUUUACAUCCUUUUGAGGUCCCACGAGAAUACGUAAGAGCUUUAAAUGCUACCAAACUGGAACGGGUAUUUGCAAAACCAUUCCUUGCUUCCCUGGAUGGUCACCGAGAUGGAGUCAAUUGCUUAGCAAAGCAUCCGAAGAGCCUGGCUACUGUCCUUUCUGGGGCAUGUGAUGGAGAGGUUAGAAUUUGGAACCUGACUAAACAAAAAUGUAUCCGUGCAAUACAAGCACAUGAAGGUUUUGUACGAGGAAUGUGUACUCGCUUUUGUGGGACUUCUUUUUUUACUGUUGGUGAUGACAAAACAGUGAAGCAGUGGAAAAUGGAUGCACCAGCCUAUGGAGAAGAGGAAGAGCCAUUGCAUACAAUAUUAGGAAAGACAGUGUAUACCGGAAUUGAUCAUCACUGGAAAGAAGCUGUUUUUGCCACAUGUGGACAGCAAGUGGAUAUUUGGGAUGAGCAAAGAACCAGUCCUAUAUGUUCAAUGACCUGGGGAUUUGACAGUAUAAGUAGUGUUAAAUUUAACCCAAUUGAGACAUUUCUUUUGGGAAGCUGUGCUUCUGACAGGAAUAUAGUACUAUAUGAUAUGAGGCAAUCUACUCCUCUGAAAAAGGUUAUCUUAGAUAUGAGAACAAAUACAAUCUGUUGGAACCCCAUGGAAGCUUUCAUUUUUACUGCAGCAAAUGAAGAUUACAACUUAUAUACUUUUGAUAUGCGUGCACUGGACACUCCUGUAAUGGUUCAUAUGGAUCAUGUAUCUGCAGUGCUUGAUGUGGAUUACUCUCCCACUGGGAAAGAGUUUGUGUCUGCUAGUUUUGAUAAAUCUAUUCGAAUCUUUCCUGUGGACAAGAGUCGAAGCAGGGAAGUCUAUCACACAAAGCGAAUGCAACAUGUUAUCUGCGUAAAAUGGACUUCUGACAGCAAGUACAUUAUGUGUGGAUCUGAUGAAAUGAACAUUCGUCUGUGGAAGGCUAAUGCUUCUGAAAAAUUGGGUGUGCUUACAUCACGAGAAAAAGCAGCCAAGGAUUAUAACCAGAAGUUGAAGGAGAAAUUUCGACAUCAUCCUCAUAUAAAACGAAUAGCUCGUCAUCGACAUCUACCAAAAUCUAUCUAUAGCCAGAUUCAGGAACAGCGCAUCAUGAAAGAAGCUCGUCGACGAAAGGAAAUAAAUCGUCUUAAACACAGCAAACCUGGAUCUGUACCAAUCGUGUCAGAGAAGAAGAAACACGUAGUGGCAGUUGUGAAAUAAUAUUUGAUACUCCUAACAAUCCUGAUAUAUAAUUAUUUGCUACUUUUGAUUUGAGAACUCUCUACAAAUAAAAGUACUGGGUCUAGUUUAAUUGCAAACAUUUCAAUUAUAUGUGUAGAGCUUUAUUGUUGCUCAUUUUACCUACCCUGAAAAAUUAUCCAUAAAGGCAGCCUGGUUGUUUUAUCAUUAAUCUAUUUUCUUCUUUCAUUGAAGAAUACAAUAUUUGCAACUAACUUAUAGUUUCCUAUUAGAAAUUAUAGAUAUGCUUUCUCUCUGACCUGUUAUUACAGACACUGUACAUUUGAAUUUAUUAAAUACAUAUUAUAAGA